UUGGUGGGCUCCCUAUCCAUGGGAAUGAUUUUCUUCUGCUGUCCUAUAGUCAGUGUAUUCACGGACCUAUUUGGGUGUCGCAAAACGGCUAUUGUGGGGGCUGCAGUGGGCUUCAUUGGACUCUUCUCUAGUUCUUUUGUGAGCUCUGUUGAACCCAUGUAUUUCACCUAUGGAAUUAUCUUUGCCUGUGGCUGUUCAUUUGCGUACCAACCCUCUUUGGUCAUUUUGGGACACUAUUUCAAGAAGCGCCUUGGAUUGGUGAACGGUAUUGUCACUGCAGGCAGCAGCGUCUUCACUAUUUUGCUUCCUUUACUUUUAAAAAUACUGAUUGCUAAGUUGAAGCUGUAUGCUACGUUUAGAGUCCUGAGUGUCUUCAUGUUCAUUCUCAUCCUGGCCGGCUUUACCUACAAACCUCUUGUUUCCGAUGCCAAAGACAAAGUCAAGAACAGUGGGAAGAAAGGGUCAAGGUUCUCCUUUUUUUCCAGGAAGCAAUCCACUCCUGCAAAAAAGAUUUUCAAUUUCUCCAUCUUCAAGGUUCCGGCUUAUGUCGUUUGGAGUUUGGGAAUCCCAAUCGCACUUUUUGGAUACUUUGUGCCUUAUGUUCAUUUGAUGAAUUAUGUAAAAGAGAGGUUUGAGACAGAAACCAAUAAAGAGGUGCUUCUCAUGUGCAUUGGCAUCACUUCAGGAGUUGGAAGAUUAAUCUUCGGGAGAAUUGUAGAUUAUGUUCCUGGUGUCAAAAAAGUUUAUUUACAGGUAAUCUCAUUCUUCUUCAUUGGUCUGAUGUCCAUGAUGAUCCCACUGUCCCAGGUUUUUGAGGCCCUCAUCGGUGUCUGCCUCUUCAUGGGUCUCUUUGACGGCUGCUUCAUUUCAAUCAUGGCUCCCAUUGCCUUUGAGUUAGUUGGCGCACAGGAUGUCUCCCAGGCCAUAGGAUUUCUGCUGGGAUUCAUGUCCAUACCCAUGACCGUGGGGCCUCCAAUUGCAGGGUUUCUGCGAGAAAAGACAGGCUCCUAUGAUGUUGCAUUCUACCUCGCUGGAGUUCCUCCCAUCAUUGGAGGAAUUGUGCUCUGCUUUGUUCCAUGGAUCCAUGAAAGGAAGAAAGCCUCUAAUGGGAAAAAAAUGGAGAAGAUGUUGGACAACCAGAGUACUUUGCUUCCCAGCUUCUCAGAAGUCAUCAAAAGAGAGUCUGACUCCGUUAUUUAAUACUUCAUACCUCUCUGUAAGACUGGACUUGUUUUCAGGAAUUAGAGCAGACCCCCUGUACCAUGAAUUGGAAAUUUCAUGUGAUUUGUUUUUAUAGCAUGGUAGAAAUGCACUAGAAUUGGAAAGACAAACCCACUACUACCACUAGAGAACUGUAUUUUACAUUUACACGAAACUGAGAGUGAUGACUUUGAUGUCUGAAAAUCGGAUUCACCCGUUGGGGAACUUGUGAACGGGGAAACAGUUGGACACAGUAAAGAUGCAACUUUCAGUAUGAAUAACUUUGCUCUCUGAGUUUGUUAAAUCCUGAAAGCUGUAUAGUUUGUGUAAAGUUUGUAAAAUACCUCAAGUUAUACUGGAAAGAUUUACUGCAGUCUGACGAAGGACUGGAAAUUCUUGUUCUGGAACCUUAUGGUACCCUCGGUUCUGUUGUCUGUUUUUAACUUCAUAUGCUAUUUAAAAUAAUUUUUUAAAAUUACAUUUCUAAGCAUCGAUUCUAAGCAUUGAUCCGAAGCUGUUCCUUCAAGUAUGGAUCCACUGCUUAAGUAGCUUUAUUGCGGUUAAUUAAACUAUAGAAUGAAUUCUCACAAACGAA